AUGAAGUUUUUCAGUAUCGCAAUCGUUCCUUUGGUGUUCGCCGCUCUGGCCUCUGCGCAGGGCCCUUGCUACAACCAGGCGGAUCCUGACAACGGGAUUGGUAACUAUUGCUACUGCGAAGGCAACGGGUUGUGCUACACCAAUCCGCAGGGCCAGUGCAACCCGGUCGGCACGCAGAUUAAUUGCCCGGAGUAA